UUAGAACACACUGACAACUUGUAAACAAUAUGGCGGCUAGGAUGGUCCUAUUUUAUCACCAUAUAUUUAAUUUCUAGUUCAAUUCAUUUGCAAACCCGUGAUGGGUGCCAGUUGUAGUUCAGAACAGACCACAGCGUCUCCAGGAGGAAUUGGUGAUGUUCCAAAGUUAAAAAUUGCUGUAGUUGGAGAUAGACAGGUGGGGAAGUCCUGUGUUGUUUCAAGAUACAUGAAGAAUCAGUUUAGUCCAAUGUACAUACCUACUAAGAAACCUGUAAUUGAGAGUUCAGUUCGUAAGAUAAAUAUCCCAGGCCAUUCAGUGGUAGCAUUGACAGUAUGGGAUAUCCCAGGACAGGAAGACAUAGACCUGUAUAGUACAUACUUCAAAAACUUAGAUGCUGCUGUUGUGAUUGUUGAUAUCAAUGAUUCUGACAGUAUUGAGAUGGCCCCUGUAUGGAAGAGGAUUGUUGUCAACAAUACCUUUGAAACAUUCCCUGUUGUUGAAAGCUCAGAAGGAGGCAAAAUUGAAACCACAACUAUGGAGAAAAAACCAGUUGAUCCAGAAACAUUUCCUGUUCUGUUGCUAGGCAACAAAUUUGAUCUGGUGGAGGAAGAUGGUUAUAAGGAGAAACUAAGACAAAUGAAAGCUAGUGAAAAAGACGAGACAGGAGCCAAAACAAUCUGGAAUAUAACCGAGGAAGACAAACCAGAAUGUGUUAGACUUAUGGACAAAAUAAAACAAAAGGGAAAUUUUUAUGGAAGCGUGACUGCUUCUGCCAGGGAUUCUGAUGGAACUGUAGCAGAAGGAAUUCAGUUUUUACUCAGACAUGUCUUACAGACAAAGUAUGGCAUCAACAAAUGGAAACCUAAAGAAACAAAGAAGGUUAAAGCUAAAAAUAAGAUUGAGGAGUAUGAUGGACUUGACAUGACAGGAAUAGAAAUUUUUGAUAGCAUAUUUAAAGUAGCUGAAAUCUCGGUGAAGAAAGUGAAAAUGCUAAAUGACUACCACAACAAAAGUUUGGAGAAAUUGAGAGAAUCUUGUAUAAAUGCUGGAAUACUAGGAGAAGACGAUGUUGCCAGUUUGGAGGAUUGUAUGAUAGCACUGAGGAGGAACAUUGGGGAGCAGGCUAAAUUAAAGGUUAAAAAAGAUGAUGAUUUUUGUAAGUUAGAUGUGACCUCCAAGGAUCCAGAAUUUAAACCAGAGAGAUACAUCAGAAUACUUUUGAAAAUUUAUCAGAAUGAGUUUGCAGUUGUAUGUAAAGCUAUUCUGAAAGAAUGUCCCGCAAUGAUUUCUAAACUGAAGGAUCAAGAUGCAGAGUUAUCUACCCUUUGUGAAUCUUCCUGGGAAGAGGUAGAGUUGUUCAAUGGUAUACCCAGGGCAAAGGAUGAAGUCAAUAAAAUAUCUGACAUUAUUGUGCAGAACAGGGCCAGAAUGCAGCAUACCAAAUUAGAAUCAGCAAAACUUAUUGAUAAGGUUGAAGAUUACAAGAAGAAAAUUAAAGCAGCAUUCCUUUGGUGAAGCAAUUAUUGACUGAAAGCAUUUCUGUGAUCAAAAAAUUUUGUUAACCUGCAAUUUUAAGAUUUUUUAUGUUUUUACUUGUUAUCAUAAUUAUCUUAAAGAUAACAGGUACGUUACAGGACUGCAUUUUCUUGUAUUUUACUAUCAUACCUUUUAUCCUUAGGUAUCUAUCUUUUGAAAGUCCAAAUAGGGAAAUCUCCUGCAGGGGAAAAUGUUUUAGAAGAUUGCUUUUUUAUAUUACUUUCUUUAAAGAUAAAAAAAAUAAUAUUACACUUCACAAGUUUCAUUUGUCCGAAGUGCUUUUAAAAAAAAAAAAAAAAUCAAGAUCCUAUUGUGGUAAUACCUAUCUAUCGUAAAGUGGCUUUACUAAAACUGCAUGUAUAAUAAUAAAGAUGUCUAAACUGAAUGAAUUUGUAUUGAUGACUGAAGUACAAGAUAACGUCAUUAGUAAACAACCUAAGAUAUACAAUAAAACUGCGUUACGGUAACGUAUUCUUCUGUGCGUGAUUUCCAACAUUCUACGGCCCAUGAAUAGUGAAAAUAUACAACUUCUAAAAGAAUUGAAGUCUCUCUGUUAAAAUAAUAAAUAUGAAAUUAACUUUAAAGUCCAUCAUUAAAAUUAAAACUUUUAAAAAUCACAGUUUAUAAUACAGUGUCACGUUAUUUAACGUUUCAUUUUCUGUUCAAACUCUCCCUGUAGUACAAGUACUGAUUUGGUCUACUGCUACAAGUUUCGCCUUGUGAUCUUUCGGUGUGUUCUAAUCAUUGCCGUGUUCCUUUGUGUCACAUAAAUUAAUUUUGUUUAUAUGUAAUCUGUGCACGAACAUAUACAAUACUAAAUGGAGAGCAUUGCAGUUUGUAUAGUGAAAGUACAACAGGACCAAAAACAUGUGUCCAUGAUAUGUAUGUGAGGAAAGAAGUUAAGAUAUAAAAUGACUUUCUAAUUGUUUAGAAUUCAUUGCAGUUACAUGAAGGUUGAAUAAUUUAAUUUUUUGUUUAAGUUAGCAGCAUAAUAAAAAGACUUUUUUCUCAUUACAUGUUAAGCUUUUCCUACACUCACUUGUAUGGAACAUGCAUUUCAAAUAUAAUUUUGAAACUUUAGUAUAUUCUGUGUAUAUAUUUUUUUCUAUUACUUACAAAAUGAAUGUCUUAGACCAUCUUUAUACCUGUUAUUUGAAAUUUGUAAAUGUAUUAAUUCAUUUAAGUGUAUAUCUAUUUUUAUGAUAAACAAUCAAAUUGUAGUGUAAAGCUAAACAUUUAUACUAACCAAAAGUUAGCAAGUAAUAAUUUAGUGCAGGAUCACUUGUGAUGUUAACAGUACUUUUGUAUUUCAUGCUGUCUUCAAAUUUUUUUUGUUUAAUGUAAGUGUUAUUUUUAAAUAUAUAUAUAUUUAUAUUAACAAUUUUAUACAAGUUAAAUUAAUAAACUGAAGCUGGUCUUCUCUUUUAA